AUGUCCAUCAAGGUUGGUGGAGCAUUCCGGCGCUCGGGUGGCAUUGUAUCGGCCAUCGGGAAACAGCUGAAACUGGUCAACCUGAAAGCGGUCCAGCGUAUCACGGUGUCCUUCGAUCCGUUCGAUCCGACCACCAUCGCUACGAGGGAAUUCGUGCAUCACCUAUCCGCACCGAAAAUAACACAAACCAACCCAACCUGCCUGCUAAAGACGGAGGUUGUAUGCGACCGAAGGCCACCAUCCGUUGUCUUUCAGCUUAUCCCAUCAGUACAGGCCGAAGCAAAGCUGAAAAAGAUUGAACUAAGCAGUGCCAACCUAUCCACGCUUGAGCUGUUAAAGCUUUGCAACAAGCACGUGAGCGCCCUGGCACCGAAGGAAAUUGCGACCAGCGUAGUAAAGACCAAAUCGGAGAAAAAGGCCGGUAGCGGUGGUGGUGGCAAGCGUCGGUAA